AUGCGCUUGAGUCCGUCGUGGUACCAGUUCCUGGUGGGCGUCUUCGCCUCCCUGGGUUCGUUCCUUUUCGGCUAUGAUUUGGGUGUCAUUGCAGAAGUCAUUGCGUGCCAAUCUUUCGAGGCAAAGUUUACCGCAAAUGACACGCAAACUGGAUUGGUAGUGUCCAUGUUUACGGCGGGAGCGUUCUUUGGCGCAGGGUUUGCUGGUCCCACCGGUGAUUAUUUGGGACGACGAUGGACCAUCGCGAUCGGUUGCCUCGUCUUCUGCCUCGGAGGAGGUCUUCAAACUGGUGCUCAGACCAUUGCAUACUUGUACACCGGACGAUUCUUCGCCGGGCUUGGGGUUGGUUUCCUCACCAUGAUCGUUCCCCUGUACCAAGCCGAAAUCUGCCACCCCAAGAUUCGAGGCCGUGUAACGUCCUUGCAGCAGUUCAUGUUGGGUGUCGGUGCGCUGUGUGCCGCGUGGAUCUCGUAUGGUACCUACGUCGGAUUUCAUCCAACGAACAACGCCCAGUGGCAAGUUCCACUUGGUCUGCAGAUUGCCCCUGCAGUCAUCCUGGGUCUACUGAUUAUGUUCUUUCCUGAGUCACCUCGUUGGCUCAUCGACCAUGGCUUCAACGAAAAGGGCUUGGCGACCCUCGCAAAGCUCCAUGCUCAUGGUAACGAGGAUGACGCGUGGGUGCGCGCAGAGUACAAUCAGAUUCAGGAGAGCAUUGUGUAUGAGCACGAGCAUGAGGCCAAGUCCUACAGUGAGUUAUUCACUAAUCGGUCGUCCUUCCGCCGCCUUUUCCUAUGCUGUGCUGUGCAGGCGUCCGUGCAAAUGACUGGUGUCUCAGCUAUCCAAUACUAUUCUGUGACCAUCUAUAAACAGAUCGGCAUUGCGGGCGACGACACGCUCAAGUACCAGGCUAUUAAUUCAAUUAUUGCGUUGGUCGCAGAAUGCCUAUGCAUGGCGUUCAUUGAUCGUUUCGGCCGCCGCUGGACUCUCAUCGGUGGCAAUCUGGGCAACAUGGUCACCUUCAUCAUCGCGUGCAUCCUGCUGGCGCGGUUCCCUCCUGAAGCCAACAACACCGGUGCUCACUGGGGCUUCAUCAUCAUGACCUGGUUGUACAACUUCUCCUUCUCGUGCACCUGCGGUCCCCUUUCGUGGAUUAUCCCUGCCGAAGUCUUCGACACACGGACACGUUCGAAGGGUGUUUCCAUUGCCACAAUGACAUCGUUUGCGUUCAACACCAUGAUCGGUCAAGUGACGCCCAUCGCCAUGACAAAUAUCCGCUACCGCUACUACUAUCUCUUCAUCAUCUGCAAUUUCACUAAUGCACUGUUUUUCUGGCUGCUCCUUCCCGAGACCAAGAAAUUGCCUCUCGAGGAGAUGAACUACCUGUUCUCCAACGCUCCCUGGAUCGUGCCUGGUACUCGCAAGGAGGAUUAUACCCCGCACGACUUGGAGCGCAAGGUCGAGGAACAGGUAGAGAAACAGGCUGUUUUUGCAACACAUCACGAGUGA